GUAUUACAGAUUUACAGGUGAAAACGAUGCCGGUAUUCCUCCAGAAAACACCUCACUGGAGGCUGAGGUAUACAGAAUAGAAACCGGCCAAAAAUUUUCGAGGGAAAAGAAAGCGGGUGGGUUUGAAAGUUAUACGUUAUACACUUAUACCCUAUUUCGUAACGAAUAAAAAAGAAACCGAAAAUUCCCGCCCGUCAUCCACACCACACACCAAGCGAGAUCUCAAGUUGCAACGCUGACGUUCACAUCCCACCUCUCCAAAUCUUGGAUCGUUGCUCUGUCUCUGCGAUUGCUGCCGUUUGAGACGAUAGUUGGAAGCUCUUAUCCUUCAUCGCGCCUCUCUACCUCCGCGUCUCCGACCCACAUGCCGCCGGCGGACAGCGGAAGUCAGAGGCAUUGCUGAUUGCUGCAAUUAAGAAGGUUAACCUUUUGAAUAAAGGAUGUAUGGAAAGGGGGCAUCUCAACUGUUGAAAGAACUCUCCUCCAGUGAACCUGGGCAACUCAAGAAUUUUAAUACUGAUAUAUUUGAAGAAGUGAUCAAAGAAUGUAUUACACAUCACCUUGCGCUUCAAUCAUUGAUGAGAAAAAUCCAGGAAGAAGGAUUGGACAUUCAGACAACAAGAAAUGCUGACCACUUUGGUGCUGUUAUACACCACCUUUCUUUAAUGCGCAAUAAGCGUUGCCUCAUGGCCUAUGUAUAUCACCGUGCAGAAAUCAUCCAGAGCCUGAGGUGGAAGGUGGGACCUGUGCUCCCAGAAGAAAUUCAGGAAAAACUCAAAUAUUCUGAGGAAGAGUAUUUCAGGAAUCACUCAGCAGCUCUGAUGGAAUAUAUUUCUGAGCUAGAUCUUGAUUUGACUGUGGAUAUGGUACCGCCAAAAGAUCCUUACAUCCAAGUCAGGGUCCUUGAUGAUAUUGGAUUUGCCCUGGUUGGUGAUCAGUCACUCAAUCUCACUCUCCACUCAAUGCACUUUCUUAAGCGAACAGAUGCAGAACAGUACAUCUCACAGGGCUUGAUGGAGGAUCUCUCGGGAUCGUAAACCUGAGCGAUUAGUUCAGAACUUCAAAAUUUGGAGCCAGGGUUGGCUGAGACCUGCUUUAGUACCUGGUAAUCUGGUAUGGUAACUUGGGAGCAACUGGGCGAAACAUGGGCGCCAAGUCUUUGCCAGUCUUUGCCACGAUUUGACUGGUCGGCAACGAUUGUUGCAGGAUCCACGGCUCAAAUUCUCGAAUGCUUCGUAGCCUUGUUUUGUGGUUACAUAUUUGAAAGAAAAGAAUCUGCCUCUUAUCUAAUCGAAUAGUGUUAUUUUCAUUUGGCAAGGUCCUAAUUGAAAUUAGGGAAGCAACAAUUUAUAUCUAAAUCUAAAAUUAUACUUGCUGGGACUUGAUUGUCCAUGGACGUUCUCUA